UUUUGCGCAGAAGCGAAGGAUGCCUAUUUUCCCUGGUGUCCUCUUUGCUUUUUCCUCCGCGGUUAGGACCACCCCGUCAAGAACGGGAGACCAGAGUUUUUCUCGGCAGCAGUUUCGCCAGAGUUCGUGCAGUGGGCCCUCGACGCUGUUUUGCACUGCGGUUCCACACAAACGUCUUUCGGCUUUUUCCGCAGCUGGCUUGUGCAUGUGCUUGCGUCACCUCGUCAUUUGUCGACUUUCUGAACUCCUAGAGAGACUCGAGGCGUCGAAACGCGUUCCCCUCAACUCCUUUCGGUUCGCGCGGCCGCGGCAGGGCUGCGGUCUUUUGGGCGAGGAGCCUUCCCCUGUUCGUGGUGCGCUCUGUCCUUCGAGAUUUCGAUUUCUGCUCAACAAGCACGCAAAUCCUUGGGUCACGCCUUCCAGAGGGCGCCGUAUUUGCAUCAGAUGUUCUGCCCCACGCCGUCACGCUGCGAGAUUUUGCGGUGUCGACCCCGUCGCACUUUUCCGACUGAUUCUCUGCGCAUCUUCCUCGACGAUUUCCGGGAACGGACUUCUCAGCUUCUCUGGGGAAGUCCAAGUGCGGAUUCUGCGUGAGCAGCAAACAGAGUCGGAGCUGUUUCCGCCGCUUCUCGAGGAAAGUCGUCCUCGAGGAAGUCUGAGUUGGGGUAGACCGCAGAAAUGCGUGCCGCGCCGAGACGCCCGCUCUCUCUCAAGUGUAAAGGACACCCUUGUUGGACUGCCCCAGCACGCAGCCUCCCAUCACAGUGUUUGUUGCGACUGUUUACGACCCUUGAGUCGACCUCCUCAGCGAGUCCUUUCCCCCAGCGACCGACCGUUUCUCUGCGACCUCGUGGUUUUGCCCACCGUGCUGUCCACUGAUCCCAGGUCCGAGUCUGCUCGGCUGCGCGCGCGGCGCUGCAGGCGCCGGUCCGCGUUGCCUCUCGUUCCCUGUUUUUCUUGUGGAUCCGUCUCUGCGUGUUUGUGGGGAGGCGACUUCGCGCCGCCCCCUCUCUGCGCGCGCCGCGUUUUUGCGUGUGGCGCAAUCGCGUAUCUCGUUCAGCCGGGCGCGUUCUGUGUCCCCGCGCUUCGAGAGGCGCGCGCGUGUGAGUGAGAACCUCGUGCUCAACUCAAGAUGCCGACGUCUCUCAGCGGAGGCGUCUUCUGGUCCAAACUGGUCCAGCGGACGCCGGCAGCCGCAGCGUCGACUGCACCUGCUGCCUCUUCAGAAGCCUCACCUGCCCUGAAGCCGGCGUUUCUGCCCGCGGACCAGGCGGGCAGAUCUACCAGAGCGUCCCAAAGCGGUGCUCUGACUGCUCCGCACUCUUCGCGGAAGGGAGCUUCGUUGACGGCGUCGACCGGCGGCGGCCGCGACCAGUCGUUCUUUUGGCCAGUCUUCGGUGGCUCCCCGCUCCAGAUCUCUGGCGUCCUCAUCCCGUACUACAUCUGCCCUCUCCUUCCGAACUUCCCGAACGCAACUUUCUACAGCUACGACGGCUGCUUCGAGGCCGGCGCAGAGGGUCGUUCGAAGGAACGAACUCUCGCGAACUCCCCCCGCCAAAGCCUGGGCUUCGAGGACGACGCCUGCGGUUCCAUCGCCUCGAGUCACUUCUGGGCUCCAGAGACGGUGCAUCCGCUCGGACUCGCGGACGUCACGCCGCGCAGAGCAGAAGUCUUCCAGCCAGGUUGCCCGAACGGCCAGCUCUUCGGGAGCGAGGCGGACCUCAGCAGGUUUGCUCCCGUGUACCACCAGGCGCCCCUUGAAGGCUGCGCGCGCGCGCCGGUCUUUGGAGUUCACGCCGGACAGCCGGAAGCUGCGCUGGACAGCUCUGCGCAUUCGGCUGCGCUCCUCGCGAACGCCGCACCCGCAGCCAGAGAGCCCGAGGCUGUCGGCCCCAAGCCGGAGACGAAACGCCGUCUGUCUCCGUCGUUCCACGGCCGACGAGGAAGUUUGACGUACUUCUUCCACCACUGCGUACCACGCAGAGUCCAGCAUCUGCUACAGUGGUCGAUUCCGAACUUCCUCGUCCUCUUCAUCUUCGCAUGUGUACUGCCCGCCUGUCUGAAGUACCGAGCCCCCAUUGCAAUCGACUUCGCGAUCGUCGGCCUGUUCCUCUCCAGCGUCUGGGGCUUCAUCGCCAUCAAGUCUGACGCUGCGUCCAAGAUCGCCAGACGCUCGCAAGAGAAGGAUGGGCCGGGGGAGAAGGAGCUUAAGCUCCAGGAGAAGAAGUGCAGGCUUCGCCCGUGUGCGACCCCGGCGGUGCGUGUCGAGACAGUCCGGAAGGUGGGUGAGAAAACGGAGAGAAGGAACUCUCCGAAGAAGGACGUCGCGACCCUUGAAGCGACUCACGAGACCCGCACUGAGUGCCUGCUAGUUAAGCCAGAAAAGCAGACGACAGCGUAUCAAGAGGCUUCGGACCAGCCCGCCGUCGAUGACGACGAAAGCAAGCAGGUGCGUUCGGCAUCAGACGAUCUUGCUCUCUCACCCACGACGAAUUCUGUUCUCGACAAAGACGAACAGUCCCCCGAGGAAGAUGGACAGACCCUCUCCGCUCCUUGUGCCUCCACCCUCGAGACGUCGGAGGCUGCAGUGGAAGAGCCUGCCAGUGUCGAAGACGAGGAACCAUCGCCUGGAUGCGACAGUGCCGAUCCGGAGAUCAGGGAGCCAGGAAGCAAGCAACCAGGGGGUUCUCUACCUCAGGACGGACAGACAGAGCGCGCUGUAGAGCAGAAGAUUGAAACGUUUUCGAGUGCUUUGGUAGAACGGGAGAGAGAAGAUGUGACAGUCACGAGCUGUGCGGGAGGAGAAACUGUUGCCAACGCUUCGCAGUGCCCUGAGGACCAUUCGGACCUCUCUUUGUUGAACAAGGAGGAAGACGCAGCGAACAUCGCGACCCGUCUAGCAGAAACCCUGCAGUCACUGCCAGCAAUCUCUGAGUGCACGGAGAGUCAGACGGAAGACCAGGACCCCGAGAGCUCCGGGGACGCUUCGUUCGUGGUCGAGGCGGAGUCUGCAGCGCGUGUGGCUCCGGAGGCUUCUGCCGCCUCCCAAGUUGUAUUCGCGGGUGAGGAGGUUGUCGAUUCCCUGGAUUCCGAGUUGGCCGCGCUUGCAGAGAUAUCUGCGGAAGUGGAAGAGUGUGGAGAAAACGCGGAAGAGGGCGAAGCAGAGGAAUCGUGUGUCCUGGAGACCGAUCCGUCAGCAGAAGCGCGAGAAAAGGAGCUCAUAAGCGACUUGGCGUCCCCGUUCUGGGCGUCGCCCCCGGCGUUGACUGCGCGUCAGCCCCGGUGUACUGCAAAGAAGGCGGUUUCCUUCUCUCCGUGGAAUGAGGAGAGGCCGACGGAGGCAGGUGAGGCGACAGAGGCCGCGCGCGAGGUCGAGCUAGGCCUGGCAGCCCAAAGUGGGUCCGAGCUCGGGAAGAGUCCCGAGGCGGAACGGGCGGGAGAGGAAGCGGAGCCAGACUUUGGAGACGGUCUGCAGCGGUCGCACCGAGCGGCGCUGUCUCCAGCGCUGGCUCUUUUGUACGACGAGGACGUGUCAGUGUCGGAGGAGAUUUUAUCCUGUCAGUCUUUGACGGACGUCUCGCUGAUGUCUCGUUCGCCCUCGACAUGCGAUGGAAACGAACGGGCGCUGUCGCGGCCGACAGCUUCUCUGGAUUUGCGUGCGCGCGGGGAGACCUUUAUCGCAGGCCUCCCAGAGACUCGAGACGAGGUCGACGUGGAGCGCGACUCCUCCUCCUCGAAGAGGAUUGCAACUCCAAUGCACAUUGGCGUGGACGUCGACGAGGGCGGCAUCGCGGGAAACGUGAAGUCGUUCUGCAGUCACGCGUCUCUCGCUUCUUCCUUCCUGUUGGAGAGCGAGGACGACCGGAGUGACCAGGCCUCGGGGGUGAAUGGCUGCUUGGAGGCGACGUUCGAGAGCGAAGAGCCUCCGCUCCAUACCACCUUCAUGGCUGAGCAGCUCCGUCUGCCGCUCGCGGCGCUGACGGAGGGCUCAGAGCUCGUCGCGCAGGAACCCGAGGUCGAGAAGGUUCUCUGGAAAGUCGAAGACACGCAGAACACGACAGCGGAGGAUUGUGCUUUCUCUUCGGUCUCCUCGAACGCGAGUCUCUUCCGCUCUCAGUCCCCCGAGACGCGCAUCGCCGGCGCCCCAGCGCCUGCGCCGGGCGCCCCCAGCCUCUGCCUCCCAGUGGCAGCCUUCCCGGGGUUCGCGGGCACAGAAGCACCAUUCCCCUUUGUCGCUUCUGUCCCGAACGGCGUGCGAGACUCGCGUCUCGCGUUCGGUGUGGGGUCCAUCGAGCGUUUGCUCCGCGUCGAGGAUGAGACUAAGCAGUCUGGCCCUCCGGGGCUCCGCGGCUUCCCCGCCGGCCACUCUGAGACCGCGAGCGAGGCGAACUUCCCGUUCGGAAGGUUCAUCUCAGAGUCCCUCUCGUUCUCCCCGACGGUUUCCUUCGGAUCGGGGCCCCUCGGGUUCCAGUCCGCCCCCGCGUGCGGCCUGAACAUCGAAGAGCUCCUCGACCUCGACAGUUUGGAUGCGCAGGACCGGGAUGAUGUGCGGCAACUCAAGAAGCAACUGGGUCACGAGUCCGACGACGCCGCCAUCCCCCAGGCUGCGACACCCUUCGUCCUCCCAGACGACCCUGCGGGCUCUGCCUCCCGCGCAGGCGCCCCGGCCUUCCCGCCCCCUCCACCCCUUAGGGCCCCACGCGCCACUGCGGCUCCGCCCGAAAACUGCCGGGCCUCCUCUGGGCCCCAGAGGCCCCACGCGGCGUCACUGCGCGCCCCGCCGCCGCCUGUCUCGCCCCCGCAGGACGAGGAGGCCCCGCCGCCGGCUACGGUGACCUCUCAACCGAACAGCUCGAAGCAGCGGAUCGCGCUGCAGCACUACAUGGCGCUCGUUCGCGAGUGCCACCGCACCAAGGACAGUCGCGGGGCGAUUCGCGUUCUCGGGCGACUCCAAGCUGAAGGUCGCGUUGCUGCUGACACCCAGCUCCUCAAUUACGUGCUGAUGGUUUGUGUCUCCGCGAACGACCGCGUCAUGACAGGGCAGUUGUUCAAGUUCAUGGAGACGACGGGGUGCGCAGAUUUGGUGACGUACAACACACUGGUGAAGAGCUUCACGGCAAACGGGGAACUGCAUGCGGCAGAGCAGGUGCUUGCUCGAAUGGAGGGUCGCGAGAACACGUUGGAGGCGGAGCUGUCGGGUGCACAUCUGGGGAUGGGUUUCGAGGGCAAGUCGGAGAACGGGGUUUUGAAUAGACCGAAGAUCUCUCCGGACGAGGUGACUUUCAAUCUGUUGGUGAACGCGGCGGUGAGCGCAGGCGACCCCGACAAGGCAUGGGAGUACAUUGACCGGAUUAAGAAGGCGAAUCUGCGUCCGGACAAGUUCACGAUUAGUUCGAUCAUCAAGUCGCUGCAGCCGGGACAGAACGAGCAGCACACGCGGCGCGCGUUCGAGUUGAUGGAUCAGAUCGAUGCGUGCGAAGACCUUGUUCUCCUCAGCACCUGCAUCGAUGCAUGCGCGCGGCUGGGUGACCUGGACCGACUCGCCACACUCCUCGCGCGCUUCGAAGACUCCGACUUGAAGCCGAACGCGCAUGCGUACGGGACGCUAAUCAAGGCGUACGGGAAGCUCGGCAACGUGACCCGUGUCUGGGAGCUUUGGAUGGAGCAGCAGCGCAGUGGCAUCGAGGCCUCGAACUACACACUCGGGUGCAUGAUCGACUGUCUCGCGAGCAAUGGAUUGAUGAACGAAGCCGUCGACCUGUUUGGGAAGAGCGUCGCGGCGGGGUCUGCCGACGCGGUGCUCUUCUCCAUUCUGGUCAAGGGCCUCGCUCGAUUCCGAAAUCGCGGCCUGGAGGUUGCCCUCGGAGCGUACCGGCGCCUGAAGGAGAGCGACAACUCGGCCGCGGUGACUCCUGCUUCGAAGCCUGCUGCGGGGAGCCGCGCGCCAACCGGAGGCCCGUCUUGUGGGGUGGACGGUAGCCGUGAGAGUCGGAGACGCGGAGGCAGCAAGCGCCCCGUGGGGGGCGAGAAGGGGGACAAAGCCGGGGCUGCGCGCGAUGGUGACGGGGAGGAGCAUAGCUGCUAUCUGAAGGCUCUCAACACCAUUUCCUUUAACUCGCUCCUCCACCUCUGCGUGCGCUCCGGACGCCUGGCGGACGCUCUCGAACUCUUCAAAGACAUGCAGUCCCACCCGCAUGCGCAGCCGGAUCUCAUCACCUACAGCACAGUCAUCAAGGGCCUCUGUUGCUCCUCCAAGGAGCACGCGCUAGACGCCGCCUUGGGCCUGUUCGAGCAGAUGCAGAAGGACGCGAAGAUCUCCCCAGAUGCAAUUGUGUACAAUACCCUCAUCCAGGGCGCGGCCACUCGCAGAAACGUCACUCUCGUUGAGUCGUUGCUUCUCCACAUGCUCCAAAACAAAGUGAAACCCAGCAGCUACACGCUGUGUCAGUGCGUCAAGCUCUAUGGCAAGUGCGGUGACCUCGCUCGCGCCCUGGAGCUUGCGCUCGAGCUUCCACGUCGUUUCAACUUCGCGAUGGACAGCUACGUGUACACGGCGCUGAUCGCUGCCUGCACACACAACCGGGCGCCGUUCCUGGCGGCGACGCUCGCCCUGCAGGCGACGCAGGAGAACCAGGAGUUACCUCCUGCUUUGCUUCUGCGUCUGGCGAACCAUCUGCAGCAGCAGCGGGAGCUGGCCGAGAGAGAAGCGAUGAACUCGAGCUUGCGAGAGUUGCCACUGCUUCAGAACGUGUGUUCGAGCGAGCUGAAUGGAAAGGUUCUCGGUCCGUACGGGGUCCGAAAAUUGUCCCCGGCGGAGGAGGCGAAGGCGACUGUCGACGCCAUCAUCAAGUUGCUGAAGCGCGCGGUCGGAAGCACCGGGGCUCCGGGGGCGAGGGAGGACCGCGAAGGUUCUGGGGAGGCCCUCUCAUUCGCGUCUUUCUCGUCUCCUGGCGACAGUUCACAGAGAGAUGGGGGUCGCGGGGCCUUCGCGACGUCGCGCACCGCCGCUGGCAGCAAGCGGUCGAAGCGUGGUGGCGGCCAGUCCGUGGUUCCCGUUGUGGACCGAGAGCGCGGCGAGAGAGUGGAGAAGGCGACCGCGUUCUCCGGGGUAAACGGCAAGCGAAAGCCGGGAAACAAGGUCCAGGAGACCAGGGCGGCUGCGGACGACGGGGGCCCUCCAGGUCUGCAUGCAGGAGCGACAAGCCGCGGGUUUGGCGGGCGCCAGGGUGGCGAGAGCGGCCCGAAGACAUUUGCUGGGCAGCGCAAGCAGCUGGUGAACGCGGGGACGCCGCCUCCACCGCAGACUGCGUUCAAAAAGAGCUCGGUGCAUGCAAGUCGAGUGGGGGGUUUGCCGCGAGGCAGCGGCGGACUGGAGAGCACGAACUUGUACCCCUUUGAGGACAUGGGACUGAAUUUGGAUUUCGAUGGCCCGCGCAUGCGUGGGAGACACAGCAGCGGGGCGUCGAGCGCCGUCACGACUGCCAGCUUCUCAAAAGAAACCGCGAGAAGCGGGCGGAAGGGACAUGCCAACAACGGGCGAGGGGGUCGUCGAAGUUAGGCCUUCGAUGUGCGUGGAAAUCGUGUAGGCGUUGCGACUGUGUCGGAUUUCAGUCUGAAACGCGAGUUACGUCGGCGCGAGUGCCGUCGCGGCCAUGUUGCCUUGGAUGCAACUUUGACAAAGUGGGUGCGGUCGGGGGGGAGGGGAGCCAAGCAGAAUUUUGGCGUUUCUGUGAAAGCGAUUUGGGAACCGAUGCUUUUUGAGAGCAGUGGAGUAUAGCAAGGACUACGCGUGGUUCGCUUUUCUGUGGAUCGUUUUGACUUGAUGAACAUCCUCGUCGUUAUUUUGUGCACGAGCAGAAGCAGAUGGCUGUCGGGAACGCUGCAAGCACGUGUGAGGUGCGCGAGUGAAGUUCUGUGUUUCGGUGUUCAAGUGUGUUUUCGAGACCGGCAGAACAGAAAGACCGGAGUAUAGUUUUUUCGUUAUGGAAGCAAAAGCGUUUGCAGAGAGAGCUGUUUCUCGGUUGCGAUACAAGCGUAAAGGAUUUAUAUUCAUUUCUGUGGAACUGCGUUUCCAAGAGUACACGUAGGAAACGCGGGGUGUGCGUUCGUGUGUUCGUGAGCUGCAGUGCGAAGAGUGGAUGCUGUGUAUGUGAAGAUCGCAUGUCCUCGGCGCUCGCAGAACAGGGCGGAAACUCGGAUACACGCGUCCCUUUUUUUGUUGAAACGAGUUGUCCGUUCAAAUCUUCUGCGAUAUGUGACUUUUCGGGUCGCCCCGACUUGGAUGAACGUCUCACGGAGCCGUGUGCUUGUAGAUCGCGGCGCACCAGGUAAUUUUUUUAUCUGCGUCUGUGCCGCAGCGAAUGCCGCGUUUCGAUUCUGAAACUGAAAUGCGAAAAUAGACUGGGGUGUGUUCCUUGGUAGAUACAGAGGGUCUGAAAAAGGUGCACGCUUGGAGAAGCAGCGAGUCGCCGCCCGGCCGCCGCCAACGCUCGACCGCGGGGCCGCGAAAAGUCCAGGGAAACGCUUUUUUUCUGAGUUUUUCGAGUGUAAGUCUGCGUUUUUCUGUGUCAAGAUUUUGAUUCACCUGGAAGCCGUCGCACAGAGCGUUCCCUUUGUCAACGGCGACGUAGCAAAGAGUCUACCACUUGAGUGCAUCCGUGUCCGGCCUCGGUUCCGGGGGGGGGGGUUGGGUCUGGACAGGCUGCUGUGUCUGGGCAUUCUGCCCAUUUUGUCACGUUCGCUCUUCUGCUCUUUCGUGAGUACGGUGCGAAAUCGUUUCUUUGUGAUUUUGCGACGUGGCGCAACGUCUGUGGCCCGAGUUUUUCGAUGGGCAAGUAACAUGCAUGCGUCGUUUCUCCGCGCUAGAGAGUGUGGAUCGUGUGUUUGUCGACACGAGUGUGUCUUCGUCUAGAAAAGGAGGCACGGUAGAAAGAACGGGUGGAGGAGUUCAUUUUUCCAGGCAUCGUUUGCUUUUUCCAUUUCAUGAGAGUUGUCUGUUCGUCACGAGGCAGGUAACGCAACACUGAGACCUCGGUAGAGAGGGGGGGGCAGAGGGCACAUCGCUCUCCUGGACGCUGGAGUCGAGAAGCGAAGAGCUGAAGGUCAGACGGUUUUGUAUGACAGCGUUCUGGGACAGCGAAGGAGAAAACGUUUCGAAGAUGAAGCAGGCUGUGGAUUACGCGUUGCUCGCGAAAUGCCCUCUCUGAGUGUCCAUUCCCCUCUCGAAAUCGUUAUUUUGGGGUGCAUGUACACGCAGGGAGACGCAUCGCGACUUUAGGUCGUCGUCUGUUUUCUAAUUCCUCUGCCAGCCCGUGUGGUGCGUUUGUGUGUCGUUUUGACAGCGCGAGUGAACGUGGAAAUGCAGAAAGUUUUUCCUCUCUGGGUACCCAGUCACUGUUUUUGCCCUGUUUGAUGUAGAUGCCUGCCAUCCAUCUCUCACAUCGGAGUACGUAUUCUCUGUGGCUCUCUUUCGUUCUCGCACUCAUGUUGCUUGGCUCUCCCUCCUGGUUCGCACAAACGCCUGUUUCCUUUCUGUCCUGUAUACAUAUGCAUCUGCGUGCGUAACUUUUAUGUAGAGUCCUUCAUGUGUGUAUACGUGGAGUGUGUGUGACGUCGCUGUGCCCGUCGGCGGCUGCCUUGCGGGUGUUGACGUAGCGACGGUCAGACAGCUAGAGGAAGUGAGGGCAAUGUUUCUUCCCUUUUUCUGGCAUACGUGCGUGAACAAGAGUUUUCGCAUGCAGAAGCAGAGUCAUUUUCUUGUGUUUUGUGUUGUCCUCCACGAGAGGAGAAAGUUCGGUGAGAAUCAAAGACAAAGCACGCUGCAGAGAUGGGUAUCUUCGGAGAGAAAACCUAGGGUCGUUCAACAACUCGAGAGAUUCUGGGGGGUCACAUGUACUCGUGUGUCGCCUUCCUUCGUGAAGAGCAAACUGGUCGCGUUUCUGUCAUUUUCUG